AUGUCCAACAAUGGCUCGUUCGAGGGAGAGUCCAAAGAUGAGAAGAAGAAUGGAGUCCGAGUGGAUGAGCUUCAAGCAGGGACGCAGGAUAUAUAUACCGACGGCGCCGUCGACCCUGUUUACCAGGCUAAAGCAAAAAUUUUGAAUGACGCUUUUCAAGAGAUUGGAAUGGGGAAGUAUCAAUGGCAUUUGUUUGUCGUUGCUGGGUUUGGGUGGUUAUCUGACAAUCUCUGGCCAAUAGUUACUGGCUUGAUUUUGGUUCCAGUGGGCAAUGAAUUUCUUUUCCAGACUGAGUUCCUUAAACUUGGCCAAAAUAUCGGUUUACUGGUUGGAGCUGCAUUCUGGGGUGUCGCGUCAGAUGUCUGGGGACGAAGAUGGGCAUUCAAUAUCACAUUUUUCAUUACAGGCGUUUUUGCUGUCGCAGCUGGUGGAUCACCUAACGAGAUUGCCUUGUGCUCUCUGGCUGCAGCAUGGUCAAUAGGUGUCGGAGGAAACUUGCCUGUUGACUCCGCUAUAUUCUUGGAGUUUGUUCCCGCAUCACAUCAAUAUCUCUUAACCGUGCUCUCCAUUUGGUGGGCUUUUGGUCAGCUACUCGGCAGUUUGGUGGCUUGGCCUUUGAUCGCGAAUUACUCUUGUCCUACUCCAGCUGCUACCGAUCUCAAUCCUCCCCCCUGUUUGCGUUCAGCAAACGAGGGAUGGCGAUACUUCCUCUAUGCCAUGGGUGGUCUCAUGCUGGUCCUCUGGAUCAUCCGUUUCUUUGUCUUCAAGCUGUAUGAGAGUCCAAAAUACCUCAUGGGUCGAGGCGAGGAUGAACUUGCUGUGAAAAUUGUGCACAAGAUUGCGGCAUAUAACGGCAAAACAAGUAACCUGACCCUCGAGCACUUAAUGCAAGCCGGAAAGCUCAAUAUUCCUGGGAAAGAAAAAGAAGAAGAAUUACAGAUGGAUACAUCUGCUCUGGGUGCCGUCAAAAGGCAGUUUCAAAAAUUCAGCGGCGACCACUUCAGAGGUCUGUUUGCUACUCGAAAAAUGGCAUACUCUACUAGCAUUUUGAUUGUUGUGUGGGCCUUCAUUGGUCUUGCCUUUCCUUUAUACAACAGCUUUGUCACAUAUUUCCUUGCCACUCGCGGCGCAAACUUUGGUGAUGGGUCGGUUUACAUAACAUACCGUAACCAAGUGAUCCUGAGUGUCAUCGGUAUUCCUGGCGCCCUUAUGGCGGGUUUCUUCGUUGAAAUUCCCUAUCUUGGAAGGCGCGGUACAGUUUCCAUCUUUACCAUUCUCACUGGUGUAUUCAUCCUGGCCUCGACAACUGCACGGACGUCGAAUGCAUUGCUCGGUUGGAAUUGCGGUUAUAGCUUCACCAGUAACGUCAUGUAUGGCGUGCUGUACGCUCUUUCUCCCGAACUGUUCCCUACCAAAGACCGAGGAACGGGUAACGCCAUUGUGGCCACUGCAAACCGUAUAUUCGGUGUCAUGGCCCCUGUCAUUGCACUCUACGCCAACCUUGAAACAGCAGUCCCCAUCUGGGUGUCAGGAGCAAUUUUCCUCGUAUCAGGGUUCAUCACCCUCCUACUUCCUUUCGAGCCUCGAGGACGAGCCUCACUAUAG